ACCUGCUGUGUGGACCGGGGAAAGUCCCUUGGCCUCUCUGAGCUUCAGAUUCUGCAUGUGUGAAAGGGAGGUGGUAACACCUCCCUCCUAGGAUGGUGCCGAAGAUUCAAGAUGAUAACGUCUAGAGCCCUUGGCGUCGGGUCAGCACCAGCAUGCAGGUCCCAGUUCCCUGACCAGGGAUUGAACCAGCGCCGCGGCCCGCCUCCCCACGCCCCUGCAUUGGAAGUGCGAAGUCCCAACCACUGGACUGCCAGGGAAGUAAAAUGUCUGCUCCAGGAUCCUACCAGGCGGCUGCUGGACCUUCCUCGGUGCCAACUGCGCCCCCAUCCUAUGAAGAGACAGUUUCUGUUAACAGUUACUACCCCACACCUCCAGCACCCAUGCCUGGGCCGGCUACGGGGCUCAUGACAGGCCCGGAUGGGAAGGGCAUGAAUCCGCCUGGGUACUACACCCAGCCAGUGCCCGUCCCCAAUGCCAAUGCAAUUGCUGUGCAGACAGUCUACGUGCAGCAGCCCAUCUCCUUUUUCGACCGCCCGGUCCAGAUGUGUUGUCCUUCCUGCAACAAGAUGAUCGUGACUCAGCUGUCCUACAAUGCCGGUGCCCUCACCUGGCUCUCCUGCGGGAGCCUGUGCCUGUUGGGGUGCGUCGCGGGCUGCUGCUUCAUCCCUUUCUGUGUGGACGCCCUGCAGGAUGUGGACCACUACUGUCCCAACUGCAAAGCUCUCCUGGGCACCUACAAGCGCUUGUAGGACUCAGCCAGACCUGAAGGGAGCCGUGUGCUGCAGGAAGGCCUUUCCGACUCUCGCCCAGCCCCGCCCCUGGUGAAGGCUCCAUUUUGGUGGUCUCAUCUCUCCAGGGUCUCUACCUUCGUGUCUUCUUUUGGGGGGAAAAAAUCGCAAAAAUGACACAGCUCCAAGCCCCAGAAAUUG